ACGAUGAACAAAAUUAUUGUCACGUUUCUUUUUAUAAUUGUCAUUUAUUUCACCUGCUCUGAAGCAUCUCUAUUCGGAAUGAAAGUGAAGAUGGGUGAGAGAGUUGAAAUGAAUUUCUAAAAAGGCGCUAAGUCUCUCAUUAGGAAAAUGAACCGAGGAAAUCAAAUUUAUCAUUUUGACGGUAAAUUCAAGGGAUCAUUUGUUGAUGAAGCCGGAAACAUAGUUGAUUCUUCUAAUUAUGAAAUCUUGAAUGGAUUCCUUGUUAUCAAAAAGUUUACGGCCGCAGAUAUUGGUCUAUACUCAGAGUACCCAACUAAAUACAUAUACGGGAGGAGUUCAAAUGGCUUACCUUACGCAGUUCUAGGACCCGCAGUUUCUGUUACAGUAAUAUAAUUUAAAAAGCGUUCUAAUUGAGAAUUGAUUGGAAAUAAACCGU